UUCUGCAAAAAGCACAGACCUCUCAGUUUUGCGGAAAUGUUAAUACUAGAGUUUAUUUAAUCAAAGACAGAAAGAAUCUCUUCCAGGAAUUUUAUAAAUACAUUAUUAAUUCAAAUGUUAGUCGUUUAGAGUAAAUUGGCCGUGGCCGGAAAGUGUCAAACAUGGCAACACAGACUUCCUCCACCAUUGGAUUUAAAGCGGGAAAGGAAAGGGAGGUUUUGUGAUCUUAAGAGUUUAGUCCAACUGACUAAACAGUUAUAAAACGGUUGGCCAGUGGAUAGUCUGUGGUAACAAACAUGCCUCCAUAGCCCAAGAGACGUUUAUUGACUUAAGCUUACUAAACAAUGUAACGUAAGCAACGCAGCUAACCGACAGAGCUGUCUGUCCGCUCGGGGACCGACACUGUGAACGUACGUUAAGACGGUGUUUAACUGUUACCCACAGUUUAACCUAACAGCGAGAGCUAACGUUACUUUUUGUCUUACGACUAAUCAGACGCGAUCUUGUUUCUCUCUCUGUCUUCUUCGAAAUAACAAUUUCUUUGUUACAUCUACGGGACACGCAUUGACUUCCUGGGGCACGUUGACUCAAACUAGACGGGAAAGAAAAAUAUUUGUUCUCAAUGAAAGAGAAUAAUAUGAAGCCAAAACGCAUUCAGAGGCACAGAGCACCCUCUUGGCAAGGAAAAGGCGUCAACACUGGGGACAAGACAACACUGAGCCAAGCUAAGCCAACGUCGCGUGUGUCGUCUUCUACUCAAAGCAAACCUUUUGCUGGGAGAGUAUUUUACCUGGACCUGCCAUCAAAUAGAACAGCAGAGACACUGGAGAGUGACAUCAAAGAACUGGGAGGGACUGUUGAGAAGUUCUUCAGUAAGGAAAUUAAGUAUCUAGUGUCCAACAAGAGGGAGGCCAAAUAUGUACAGUGCCUCCGACAGGACACUCCUGUCCCCAGCCCGGACUCUGGACCGAGUUCACCUCACCCUCGUUCAAACCCGCAGCGGCCUGGCAGCCAUGGGGACAACAUUAAAAACAGGUCUCAGGGUCAAGCAGACACAUUUGUCACAAGUCGAGGGAAGUCUUUGGUGGAGAGAGUGGUGAAAGAGCAGGAGAGGGUACAAAUGAACAAGAUUCUGUCAAAUGCUCUGGAGUGGGGUGUGAAAAUCCUCUACAUAGACGAUGUUAUAGCGUAUGUGCAGAAGAGAAAAAAGAACGGCGGCCAAUGUCCUAGGACCACUGCUGUCAAAGCAAGCGUCAAAGCUCAGUCAGCAGCAAAGCAAGGCUUUCAGAAAUGUAAAGGUGGGCGAAUCAGUAAACCCUUUGUCAAGGUUGAGGAUUCAAGCAGACACUACCGUCCAAUCUACCUCACAAUGCCAAACAUACCUGAGUUCAACCUGAAGGCUGUUCCACCUUGUAGUCCCUUCUGUGUGGAGGACAAGGAUCCUCCUGGGAACAAACAGCAAGGACACAGAGGUGGGAAGGCCUCAGCCACUGAGGAGAGAGCUCACGGCCGAAAGAAGAACAAAGACAAGAAGCGAGGCGGCUACUGCGAGUGCUGUAUGAUCAAAUAUGAAAACCUCAUCACGCAUCUACAGAGUGAACGUCACAAGGCUUUCUCCAAGAGUGACGAGUACCUGGUGGUGGACAGACAGGUUUCAAUGCUUCACUGCAACUUCAUCCACACCAAAACUAAAGUUAAAAGACCAAAGUGCAGUGUUUCCUCUGUUCUGGUUGCUCCUGGACCAUGUGGGAAAACUGAGCUAAGACACAAGGGAGAUCUUAAUACCACAGAGACUAUUAAAGAGGUCCAGCAUCAGACUGUCAGUGUGGGAUCUUAUUCAGGACAACCUGCUUGUCAGACUCACAGAGAGGGAGACAGGAGGAACUGCUACACUCACUCAGACAGAUCCAAGCACAAAUCUCUUGCAUGUAAAAGGCCGUGCAGACAGAAUCCCAGACAGAAUCCUUGCACUGAAAAAGCUGAGCGGGCUCAAAUUCCUCAGCCCAAGAUGGAAACAGCCCCCUCUAGAGGUGAAUGUCUCAUCUCUUUUCCCUCCAGAGUUGCUCAGGUCGACUCGGUGGACCAAAUAUCUCACAAAGACAUGAACAGCUCAACCUCACUCUUCCAUAAUAUCAAUGCACAGAAUGAUUCCCCUAAACGCCUAAAUGUUGUGACAAAUAAACAAGGGGAGUCUGUCAAGAACAAGGAUUCCUUACUGUUUGAGGCUGCUCAGAAAGGAAACGUAAUGCCUGGAAACAACCUUACAGAAAAUAAAGAGGGAAGUCUUCUUCCACAAAGCUUCUCCCCAGUCCGGAAAAUACAGAGAAGGAUCCGAGUUUAUAAACGGAAAAGGCGGAAAGUAGACACACACUUUGAACAUGUAAAGCCAUGUGAUGCUCCUGACAACUCCAUGCUUUGGGAGCUUUUCCAGUCAAGUGAUGACAUGGGCUCGGAGUUUCGUGGAUUUGAAGACUAAAAAAGAACAAAUGAACUGAAGGGAUUAACUGGACCAUUGUUGCCUUUUUCAAUACUAGAACGAUACCACUUUGAUUGUCACGGACUAGCAAGCCAACUGAUUACGAAAUGAUCUACACUGGCUUAUUUUGAUUCAGGGGGUAAAAAUGCAUAUUUUUUCCCCCUUUAUUUAAUGUCAGAAAAGCAGCUGCUGACGUGUUGUAACAUUUUGUUUACAGCAUUGUAUAAGAUGUAUACUGUUGAAAAGAAGUUAAAUGUCUCAUGUCAACAUUAUAAUUAUCUUUACUGUGGCUGUAAAAUGUUUGGCUUUUAUCAUUUUGCACAUAACUUGUGCUAAACAAGUGUAUUCAUUACAUUUAUUUGGCAUUUGUAUUCUAAACUCAACACAAGGAGCUAUUAAAAUGGACUGGAAAUUGAAGAGAUGUAUGCAGAACUAUAAUAUUCCCAAAAUCGUAACAUCCGUCUUGAUAUUGAGUUGUAGCUCUCUUUUUGUCUUUAUCUCCUUUUGUGAUGGAUGUAGAUUUAAUAAGGGAAAUCUAUAAUAUUGCUUUUACCAGGAUUCAAUUUAUUCAUUUACUUUGUUAGAGAAAUAGGUUUUCAUAAUAUUAUGCACAUUCAUUUAGGGCUGAAAUAUCCACUAUUAGCCCACUUGGUCUAAGUUGCCUCAGCUUUGAAAUCAUAACAUAUUAUCCAUUCUUCAGUUCUAGACAAAAGAUUUGAGAAUAUGGUAUUUUUUCAAAAAUGCUGCAAUUUCUAUCAAAGAUGGGAACAAAAUAAACAAAGUUCAGCCUCUAAACUUGAACAUGCAGAAAAUUAUGCAUGUUUUCCACACCAUGAAGUGGAGUAAAAUGCCACUGAUAGAAGAAUAAAACACUCAUCACCCAUCACAAAGUAAUAAUAGAACUUAAUGUAAGACAGAGAACACAAAUUUAUUUGCAUCUUCAACCAGAAAUGACCAAACAUGUAUUUUUUAACAAAAGUGUAAAAUGUCAGGGUUGAAUACUCUUCAUUUCCACUAGAAGAUCUUUGAUGUAUUAGUGAAUGAAUAUGUAUAUUAUUUUCAUAGUUCACAGUCUCUAAAGAAAUGCCGACAAAAUACCGAAUGUUCAUUUUCAAGUGUGUCAGAGGGAAAACAAAAGCUCCAAUUGUAACAUUUUAUACAUUAAUUUGGAGAAAGAAGAUUGAAUCUUCCCAGACUUGGGGAACUGAUUGUAUCUGUAUUGUAAAAUACAUAUACUGGUUGUAUGUUAUACAUAUAUUGGUUGUAUAUGUAUUUUAAUGUGAAUGACCUGUAGGUUGGACGUGUGGUACAUGACAUUAUAGGUGACAUUUUAGGAUUCUUGCUUAGUGUACUUCUCAUGACCUGGCAUCAUGUGCUUUUUCUGAUGGAUUAGCUCAGCUUCUCCCUUUGUCCCUGCAUUUAGAGCAUUAGCAUAGAGCCCUUGCUCUACCUUGCUGCUCUCAAAUAAAAGCACUGGGUCAAAUGGGAGUCUGUGCCACUGACAUUAAGAAAAAGACAUGAGCAACAGUCUGUUCUGGGGUACAAGCACUCUGCAAAUAAAGGCAAUGCUGAAUGCGGA